CUCACAGCCACAGCCGGCUUCUCUCUCAGAGGAGAGUGUGAGGAGCAGGAAGCCCUUUUCUCUCUGCCUCCUCCCCACAGCACCUGGCAGGGGCUUAGCAGACUUGAGGAGCGCGAAUGGGCAGAGCAGAAUCUGUGGAAGGGAAGAUGAGAGCCCAAGAUCCUUCAGAUCUGUGGAGCAGAUCAGAUGGAGAAACUGAACCACUCCAGGAUUUGGGGUGGUAUCACGGCGACCUCACACGCCACGCGGCCGAGGCCCUUCUCCUCUCAAAUGGAUGUGACGGCAGCUACCUUCUGAGGGACAGCAAUGAAAAGACCGGGCUGUACUCUCUCUCUGUAAGAGCCAAAGACUCUGUCAAACACUUCCAUGUUGAAUAUACAGGAUAUUCAUUUAAAUUUGGUUUUAAUGAAUUCUCAUCUUUGAAGGAUUUUGUCAAGCAUUUUGCAAAUCAGCCUUUGAUUGGAAGCGAAACAGGCACUCUGAUUGUUCUGAAACAUCCCUAUCCAAGAAAAGUGGAAGAACCCUCCAUUUAUGAAUCCGUUCGGGUUCACACCGCAAUGCAGACAGGAAGAACAGAAGAUGACCUGGUUCCCACUGCGCCUUCUCUGGGCACAAAAGAAGGAUACCUCACCAAACAAGGGGGACUAGUCAAGACCUGGAAAACAAGAUGGUUCACUUUGCACAGGAAUGAACUGAAAUACUUCAAAGACCAGAUGUCACCAGAGCCAAUUCGGAUCCUAGACUUAACAGAAUGUUCAGCUGUACAAUUUGAUUAUUCACAGGAAAGAGUAAACUGUUUUUGCUUAGUAUUUCCAUUCAGGACAUUUUAUCUCUGUGCAAAGACAGGAGUAGAAGCUGAUGAGUGGAUCAAGAUAUUACGCUGGAAAUUGUCUCAAAUAAGAAAACAGCUUGACCAAGGGGAAGGCACAAUCCGAUCACAGUCGUUCAUCUUUAAAUAGACUUUCCUGGCAAGGAAUGCCCCAACCCAGGAGCUAGGUUGUAUGAUCCCUGAUGCUGUGAUCCAUAGCAGGCUGCCGAUGAAAGCUGAUAAGGAUUUUUCUUUAGAAACAAGUGAAAAGCAGGUGCAAAUUUGGACCUUUCAGGACACACAUUUGCUGACUCAUGGAAAACUUCUACCCUUCAAGAUGUUGGCACGUCCUUGAGAAUACCAAAGCCUCAUCGCCUCAUCGUUCUGGGGGAGACAGAGGGCAACACCACCCCCAGGUGUGCUCACUCUUAGAGCACGCAAUGUAUGAUAAAGGGUUUUUGAUUUCCCUCGCUGGCUGAUGUUAGCUGCCCAGAGUUGUGCUCUGUGUCAGUCAGCUCCUCUAGCAUGCAGGUUGUGCUCUGAACUAGGAAGGAAGCAGCUAUGUACUUUGAGGCUUAGACUGCUUCCUCAGAAAGCAUGCAGACAUCCAAGAUUUGGGGCAGGGGGCGGGGUUGUUAGGCUUUUCUCCUCUUAAUAGGAAAAACAGAACAAUUUCCAAAACUAAAAUGGGAAUUGUUUGCAGUAUUUGUUUUCUGUUUGUAAAAGGCUCAUAAAACUAGUGGGUCCUUCCUUCCCUUCUAAUGAUACACCUAUGAGAACUAAAUGUCCUGUGCUUGACAAGGUGGGAUGACAAAGAUAAAGGAAUGUACAAUCUAAGAAACAUCUCCUUAAGUCAUUGUGGGGGAGAUGUUUUAAAAAGUGAGAAAAUAUAAAUUAGAGUAACAGAGUAGUAGAUAACCUAUAAUUUAAUAAUAACAAUAGUAGUCUUUAUUAUUAUUACAAUUAUAAUAAUAAUAGAGCACUUGUGAGCACUAAGUUAUCUUCAUCCAACAUUUUUCCAGACUGAAAAAGACUUCUCACGUGGAGUGUCAUACCUCUCCCUUCCCUAGAGAGAGCUGUGGGUGUUGGUCCAAGAGAAGUAAGAAUGAGCAUGCACUGCGAAGGCUGAGCACCCUGCACCUUUUUCAAGAGCAACUUCUGUUGCCAGUUGAAGGCUCAACACUAAAACCACAUGAAUUGUAUACUGAUGGGCUACACAGCAUUUUCAAACUAGAGUAGGCGGAUGAGAAAAUGGCAUCCAGAAAUCAUAAAUAGAUGCUAACCCUUCCUAUUAGCUUUAUUAGUAUUAUUUUAAAAUCCUAGUUUUUAAGAUAGAAGUUGGAAGGGAAUAAAAGUGGAAGAACCCCAAAACAAAGAGGAUCGUGCAAAGCUAUGUUAUAACACUGCUCUUGCAGUCCAAAGGCAUACUUGUUAAAUUAAGUUUCUUCUGUUAUUUAAACAUCUAGGACUUGGAAAUUACAUUAAGUUUUUGUAUAUUUCAACAAGAUUUUUCAUGUAUUUUGUAUCAUAUGGGAUAAAGCAAAGGUCAAGUUAAAAUGUAUAUUACGUCAAGUCUGCAAAGUAAAGAGUCACAAAUGAAUCUUCACCGAGAUGUACAGUUUUUAUGUUUUGUUUUCUUAGAACCAUGGGUGUUUCUUUGUGUAGGUAAUAUUGUUUUUGCUUUUUGUAAAAUAUGUCAUGUUUGUUUAUACUCUGGUUAUGUUUAUUAUAAAAGAAUGCUGUGCCUGUAAUAUUUUGCAAUUAAAAUAUAUUUUUAGUAUCUGUAA